CUCAUCAUCACAGAAUCAUGACGGGACAACUCACCUGGCUCGUUACCGGCUGCUCCUCUGGCCUGGGAGAGGCCAUUGUCCAGGCCAUCCUGGCCAAGGGCGACAAAGCCAUUGCCACCACCCGUGCCAGCAAAGGAAUCAGCGGCGCUGACCGUCUCAGCGCCUUGAAAGAGGCCGGGGCCGCGGUGUACGAACUAGACAUGGGAUCCUCAGAAGAAUUGCUUCAGCAACAAGCCAAAGACAUCUGGGAGACCUACGGACCCAUCGACGUCCUGGUUAACAACGCCGGAUACAUCGAGGCCGCCGCAUUCGAAGAAAUGAAUGACAAAUUCCUCCUCGACUCCCUCCGCAUCAACGCCUUCGGGCCCUUCAACCUCACCCGGGCCUUUCUCCCCAUGAUGCGCGCCCGGCGAACCGGAACGGUGCUUUUCUCCGGCACGGUUGGAUCCUACUACGGAGCACCUGGAGGAACAUGCUACUGUGGCUCCAAGGGGCUAAUUGAGGGGGUGGUUCCUCAUCUGGCCUUGGAAAUCGCGCCCUUCAACCUACGCACGUCCAUUCUCACGUAUGGUCACUUCCGCACGCCGGUCAUGGAGCCGGGGCAUGUUCAUAACCGCGCCCCGAAUCCAUUGCCCGAUUAUGUGGAAAUGAAUACGCAGAUGGUGGCAGGGCUGGAGGCUUGGUCUUUGAAUCAGCCAGGGGAUCCGCGGAAGGCGGCUGAUCUGGUGGUGGAGGCUGUGAGGGCAGAGGGGAGAUGCGAGGGGAAGGAGUUGCCGUUGAGGUUGCCGGUUGGGCUGGAUACGUUUGAUUAUGUGAGGAAAGACUGUGAGGAGAAGAUGCAGAUUUUGGGGGAGUGGGAGGGGGUUUCUUCGGAGACUAAUUGUUAGUGUUUUGUGGGGGGUGUUGUCAUUUUGAUGUGUGGGUCAUUCUAUGGCUGGAUGGACGAGAAGAUUUAUGUAUUCACCAAGUGAGAGGUUUACUGGAUGUUUUUCCAAUGCUUAACACAGCAAAAGGAGUGGUUAAUAACGCGACACUGGGAUGGUUGGUAAGCAUGUGGAAUCUGUAUAUUGCACUGUGACAAUAUGUGAAUCUGCUAAAUUUACAGCAUUUGCACGUAUUGGAGUCCAUUACUAGUUAAUAAUCAUAGGUCACUACCAAGUGCUACAUGGCACUGGUGUCAUGACCUAUGAUGCCCUAUAACUCUGACUGAAC